UUUCCAACAGGGCCAGUUUGACCCUUGAACCCAACUGGCCUCAGAUAUUCAGUGGUGAGACGAUCACUCUCAGAUGUGAGAUCCAUGGGGUGGACACUCAGUGGACGUAUGAAUGGAAAACAACCAGCUCAAACACACAGUCUCCAACACACAGUGAAUACAGGAUUAUCAGUGCUACUGAGUCCCACAGUGGAGAAUACAGGUGUAAGGGUAGAAAGGACUCAUAUUCCUCAACAGAGUGGAGUAAUGCCAUCAGAUUGAAUGUAUCACCAAAUAAACCUAAACCCACACUGACAGCACACAAUACCAUCAUACCAGUAGGGGGCACUGUGACACUGACCUGUUCUGUGAGGGGCUCUGCUGACUGGAAAUACUACUGGUUCAAACGUACAUCAGACUCUUCUGAAGCUCAGCUCAUAAGGGAUGGUGUACCAGACAGAGUUAUCAGUGUCUCACAAGGAGGUCUCUACCACUGCAGAGGAGGAAGAGGAGAUCCACUGUUCUUCACAGAGAACAGCAAUAAAGUCAACAUUCAGGAAACUGGUGAGUUUAGUUAUUUGUUCUGGAAUAAAACAAUAUGCAUUAUUAAAAUCUGUGAUCAGUAG